AUGAUGCUUCGUGUGGUGGCUACUUCCCUCAAGACGGGGCAGGCCAAGUGGUGGGACGAAAAGUCCGACCGCAUCAUCGAGGGCUGUGAGGCCUCGGGCGCCAUCGCGCCGAUCAUCUAUCCCAUGGAGGUCGACUCGGAGGGCUUCGUGGACGGUGGCUUCGUCGCGAACACGCCGAUCAUGAAGGCGCUGGAAGACGGAGCACAGACCGUGGUGGUCGUCAACCUGGACCCCGUCAACACGACGGGUUUGAUUCCAGAUUUGGAGGCACUCAGCAAGGCAGGGAUCGAUGUGGGGCUUAGCAUCGUGGAGUUCGAGUUCAACAUGAUGCAACAAAGAUACUUCUUGGAGCACGAGCUGCAGAUGGCCUGCUUCGGCUUUCCGGACCGCCGAAUCCUCGCGUUCACGCCACGUACAGAUCCAGGAAACUUCCUCUCCUUUUCUGGCAAGGCGCUGCAAAGGAUGCGCGAGCAGGGCAUUGAAACCGUCCGUGCUAGUGCCCCGGUGGACCUUUGCAAGAGUUUUUUUCCGGCCGGCCCAUCGGGGGCAGAUGAACGUCGACCUUCCGCCGCAUCCGGUGGCUGUCGAGACCUUCCUCGCGACAAAUGUGACCCCGAUGGACUUGAGGUUUGCUCUCCUUUGCUUCAUGCUGGGACUCACGAGUGGCUUGGCACUCAGGCGCGUGGCCUGUGGGCGAUUUCAGCCCGUGACCGAUGUCGCUUUGGACGUUUGAGAGUCAAAGCGAGUUCGCCGCGAUUGAAGCGAUUGAAGUUGCAGUCAAGGAGGUGGGAAUCAUAG